AUGCUAAGAUUACUUGGAUCUCUUUGUGGAUUAAGUGAACCUUCUAUUUGGAGAACAGUAUUUCCUGAAAAGUUAACAUAAGAUUAAGAAAAUUAAUAUUAAGAUACUUUAAAACUUGAACCUACUGAAAGACUUCCAAACCCUUUAGGAAAUAGCAAAUACCCAAUAGAAAAUGAUAUUGAAUUUUACUCAGUUUAAUUUUCUGAGUAGAAAAAAAAUAAAUUGAACACAUACAGGUAUCCUGUAAGAGAAAAUAUUGAAAAAAAGGCUAUUUGUAUAUUUUUCCAUGGGUAUAAUUCUCAUAUUGGUUAGUCAGCGCAUAUAGCUGAAUAUCUUGCUUAGCAUGGUAUUGAAGUUGUAGGAUAUGAUUAUAGAGGAUUUGGAAAAAGUUAGGGCCUAAGAGGCUAUGUACCUCCCUUAGAUUCUCAUAUGAAAGAUGCAAUUCAAUACUUUAAGUUUAUUUCUGAUUAAAAUUAAGGUAAAUACCCAAUUUUCGUAUCAGGACUAAGUCUUGGAGGAUUGACAUCUUUCUAGCUCACUCUCAAUAAAGAAUGCUAAAAUAAAAUAAAAGGAAUGAUUUUGUUUGCUCCUGCUAUUAAAGACCAUCCUCUAUACGCUAAGGAAUUUAAAUUAAAAUUAAGAAUAUUUGGUUCAAUAAAACCAGAAAAAUAAAUCGAACCAAGAAAAGGUUAUCCAGUUUAUCGUAACAUGACUGUAAAUGAAUAUUUACAUAAUCAAGAUGAUCUUUAUUACAAAGGAAACACAUUUAUAGGAUCUCUUAAGCAUUUAACAGAAGCAUAAAUGAUUGCUGAGAAAUAAUAUGAUAAAAUUAAAGUUCCAUUUUUGUUAUUUAUGGGAGGUAAAGAUAAACUUUGUGAUCCUCGCUUAGCAGAAUAACUUUAAAAGUAAUCACCAUCUAAAGAUAAAACUGUAGUUUAUAGGGAAAAUAUGUGGCAUGGAAUAUGGCUUGAGCCAGAAAUAGAAGAAUUCAAAGUUACUUUUAAAGACUGGGUUUUAUAGAGAGUCUGA